UCGGUGCCGCUAUCAGCUGCGGCCUGCGGUGAUUCAGAUUUCAGUGAUUGAGCGAGCGAGCGGUGUUUUUGUAAUUUUGUCCCCCGCCAUUUCGCCCCGAGAACCAGUGGGGCGCACGCGCGUUCGUCCGUUGUGCGUGUGUGCGCGACCGAGAGAGCGAGUGCGUGUGCGUCGAUGUGUGUGAGUGUGUGUUGUGUGUUGUGUGAGUGUGUGUGCGUGUGACUGUGUGAGUGUGACUGCGCGCGUAUGUACGCGAAGUGUCUCGUGCGAGGCCGUCCGCGCUUAUCUCGUCAAAGGUUGUUGUUCCGUCCGUUUCGUCCGUCAACGGGAAGAACCACGUACGACAUAAAAAAUAAUCGCAGUCCGAGUUCCGGUGUGCAGUUAGUGCUCCGUUUUUUUUUUUUUUUUACAAAUACUCGCGUGUCCGGCGAUUUCCGUGCACCGAUAACAUAUAUGUUUUGAACGGACCGGAACCAACUAUGGAAGCCACGGCCAAGCACGACUUCAAAGCCACGGCGCCCGACGAACUGAGCUUCAAAAAGGGUAGCUUGCUCAGGGUGAUCAACAUGGAAGACGAUGUCAAUUGGUUUCGGGCCGAGUUCGAGGGGAAAGAGGGACUGAUACCUAGCAAUUAUAUAGAAAUGAAAAAUCAUGAUUGGUACUAUGGGAAAAUCACUCGAGCAGACGCCGAGAAAUUAUUAGACCAACAGCCUGAGGGUUGUUUUUUGGUACGAAUAAGUGAGAGUUCACCUGGAGAUUUUUCACUAUCCGUCAAAUGUGGUGAUGGUGUCCAACAUUUCAAAGUUUUACGAGAUGCACAGGCAAAAUUCUUCCUGUGGGUGGUGAAAUUUGAUAGUUUAAAUGAACUAGUUGAUUAUCAUCGAGAGUCAUCUGUGUCCCGUUCCCAAGAUGUUAGGCUUAGGGACAUGCCAGCAGCAACUCAAAAUGGAUUUAACCAAAAACCGACUCUGGUAAUUGGCAUGUAUGACUUUACUCCUCAAGAAGAUGGAGAAUUAGCAUUCAAAAGAGGAGAUGUUAUAACUGUGACAAAUCGCACUGAUGUAAAUUGGUGGCGAGGUGAGAUUGGCACCAGAGAAGGACUGUUUCCCGCUGCGUAUGUUUCUCCUUAUCAUGCCCCUUAAUCUACAGUGUUUUUCAUUAUAUUGGAUGUAUUUACUACUAUAUGAAACGUUUAUUUACUACGGUAGAGAACAUGUGACAACAAAAUAGACUUAACAAUUCUAGAUUUUUCCUUUGAGAUCAGAUUAUUGCAAUAAAAAAAAGUCAAUAAUUAUUUAAA